AAAUGAAGCAUGGAACGCACUAGCAUUCGCGUCAAUACACCUUUAAGGCUUUAACUAUGAUAUGAUUUUUUCCCCUUGACUUUGACUUGUUCUGGACAUAAUUUUCUGCAUCAUGACAACAUUCUCCAACAAAAAUCUAUUUUGGACUUUUCUCAAGGAACAAUAGUCCAUCUUAGCAGUAAACUACAUAGUACUAGUUUUGAUCAUCAUCAUCACCAUGUUCUAACUUCUAAGUUCUAUCAUUUUUCUAUGAGAAGCACAUAUCAGCUAUGAUCUGCAAAACCAGUUGAAAAUUUGAAGAGCAAAUACAUGAAUUCCAAUAUGGAGGAAACUACUACUCUUCCUCUGAAUAUCUCCCAUGUCAACAAGCCUAUGAUCUUCACCAAUAGGCUACACAUGCUUCUCCACUCUAUUGCUUUGUGCUUCUUAUUCUAUUACAGACUCUGUUACUUCUUUCAACCUAGAGCAACACCACCAUUAUUGUUACCCUGGAUUCUUGUAUUUUUAUCUGAGAUCAUUCUUUCCUUCAUUUGGAUACUAGGCCAAGCAUAUAGAUGGAACCCAAUUUCAAGAACUGUGUUCCCUCAAAGGCUACCUGAAGAUCAAAAGCUUCCUCAUAUUGAUGUGUUCAUAUGCACUGCAGAUCCUACUAAGGAGCCUACUAUUGAUGUCAUGAACACUUUGUUAUCAGCCAUGGCACUUGAUUACCCUCCACAUAAGCUUCAUCUGUAUGUUU